GGUCUCUCCACUUGAAUUGCUAGAGCUGUGUGGCCAUGGAAUCACCAUCAUGAUGGCUAACUAUCGUUCGUUUCCAUUUUCCUUUAGAUCAUUCCCUCCUUGACCCUUCCAACCCACAGACCACGAUUUGGUCUUCGUACCGCAAUGGCCAUCAAAGUGCCCCCGGGCCAAUCGCCACCUUUCGAGACUAUAGACGAUAAGCACCAUGCUGGUAUUAUCAUUAUCACCGCCGCCAUAUGCCUAGUAAUCUCGCUGGUCUGCCUACUAAUCCGGGUAUACGUGAGGAUAUAUCUCAAUCCACCAUGGGGAUCAGACGAUAUCAUGCUGUUGGGAGCGACGGUUUCCGCCAUUGCCGAGUCGAUCAUCAUAUUCCACGCCGCGAGUAUCGGCUUCGGGACGGAUAUAUCGCUGCUCACCGAGAAGGCCGUUGACCGCAUACAGAAUUCCCUCCUCGGUGCCGACGUCCUAUACCUCUUAACCCUAUACCUCUCAAAAUGCUGCAUCGUCGCCAUCUACUUACGCUUGACGCCGCGCAAGCGCCACAAAAGCAUUCUUUGGGCGACGUUCGGGCUCAGCACAGUGGGGAUUAUAGUUUCGGUGCUGCUCAUCGCAGUGAACUGCGAGGGGAACAAGCCGUGGGUUGUACCUGGCGAGCAGUGUCAUAACCUGUUCCCCCGCUGGCAAGCAAUCACCGCGCUCGACAUCUCGACAGAGAUCUUACUAUUUACCUUCUGCAUCGCCCUAGUCUGGGGUCUGCAGAUGCACAUUUCACAUAAAAUCGUGAUCAUGGUAUCUUUCGCGGCGAGACUACCACUAAUAAUAUUCUCCGCCCUCCACCUUUCCACCCUGAAAGAAUACACGACCAUGAAAAACCCAACAUUCACCGCAAUUAGCCACACGAUCUUCACCCAGCUCCACCUCAAUUACGCCUUGGUAGCAUGCACGGUCUUCUGCCUGCGCCCCUUCAUGAACGCCCUCACAACCAACUACGGCACAGCUGGCGACUCCAACCUCGGUAGUAGCAGCGGCGGCUACGGCUAUGGGUAUGGGUCUGGGAGACGGGGGAAUACAGACCCCUACGCGACGGGGCGGUCGCGGGAUUAUGAGAUGGGGACUGUAAAAGGACGGCCCGCGCGCCGGGCAAGUGGCUUGUUCACGGGGAGGCCGGAUGUGGGCGAUGGGACAGAGAAUGGGACGGUUGUUUGUGAGGCUGGGGGGCCGUCCAACUCGGGGGAGGGGCGGUCCGAAGGGGACAGGGGCAGUAUGCGCAGUGGGAGUGACGGGAGUACGAGGAUGAUUAUUCGGAAGGAUGUGGAAUAUUCUGUCUCUGUGGGGAAUUCAUAGAUCUUUUAUUUUGUUUCGACGAAAAAUAUCGUCUUUCAACCCGGUGGUCCGUGAUAUAUAUAUGGGAUACGAAGCCACUAGAAAGGUAAACGACAGUUUAAUAUUAA